AUGUCGCAAGCAGCCAUUGAGCUGCGCAGGUCGUGCAGCUUUUGCCGUCACCGCAAGAUGAGAUGCAGCGGGGAGACACCCUGGUGCAGGUCCUGCAAAGAAAGAGCGCAGCCCUGUCUCUACGAGGCGAGCAUACCGAGGGCACGACCGCGACGCCAGGUCGACCCGGCCAUGACCUUUCCCUUUCUGUCAAAGGCACUGGCAGGGCCAUCGGCACCAACGCUCGACUUCUUCGGAGGCUUACUAGACUGCCUGUUUAGGGUCUUGUGGGAGCCGCAGACGGUCCUGUCCGUCAAGCACCAGACGCUCAUCACAGAGUCGCACCAGGCGACUGCCUCUUCCGAGCCAGUGGUGCUUCCAUUCGAUGGCACGCUCAUGCUGAUGUUCUAUGAGACGGCGGAGAUGCUGGUCGACAAGAUCUCUCCCCUCGGUCGAGCCCUCAACCACCAGCAACGUCGUCCACGCUUCAUCGAGGCCCUCAGUCGCGACAGCACGCAGUUCAUGUUCGACGAGGAUCCGACCUCUUGCACGAGCGAUCGGGACCUGAUCAAGGGCCUCGAACAGCAGCGGAUCCUCGACCUCAUCGAUUUCGCAUUUACCCAUCAUCCGUUUCUCGGCAUCAUCUGCUCAAAGACGCUCUUUCUACGCGACUACAACGCCGAGACGCUGGACAGCUGCCUGCUGCAUGUCGUCCUCGGCGAGGCUCUCUCGCUGAUGGCUAUCAAGGCCAAGGCGGAGCACGGUGCGGCUACACUCUCCGACAGCGAGCUGUCCCAUGACGCAUUCGUAUCGGAAGCCAUUGCCCUGCUCAGCAGGAAAAAGAGGCUGGGUCUCGGCGAGGACGAGAUGCUCAGGACAAUGCAGUCGGUCGUGCUGCUGGCAUGGCACAUGCUCUAUACGGGCAGGAUCAAGCGCUCAAUCGUCCUGUUCGGGAUAGCCACCGACUUGGUCCGACGAGUGGUGGCCGAGCGUGAGUUCGACAGUACCUGGUCGGCGCGGGUCAACGGCAUCUCCACCGACGACCUCGCCGAGGAGGUCCUCUUCGCGAUGCACUGGAUCGUACAGAGCGCGACUCUGUGGGCAAGCCUGCACCUCGACCUGGUCAUCUCCGACCUGUUCGGCCCCACAAUCCAAGGCUACUACCCCCCGCUCGACCUCAAAGGCUCCAAGGUCUGGACGCUCGACGUCAUCUCGGGUUCCAUAUCCGCCGUCGGGAGGCAGGCCAAGACCACCGCGAGGGUGCGCAUCCUCUCUCAUGGCUACGGUCUCGCCUCGAGCAUCUUUAGCAUCCUCCUCGCCGAUGGCCUCGCUUCGGCCUCAUCCUUGAGCCAGGGUCGACCGACCUGGCGAUCCACGACGGUCAUGCACCAGCUGCACGCCUGCCUGCCUCGCAUACUGGAGGAGGCGCGAAGCGCAGUGCCCGAGACGCACAAGGCGCUCGAGGGCUACGUGGCGGUUCAGACGUACCAUGAGCUUCUCGCCCUUCGUAUCCUCUUUGAGGCCCCAUCGAUGCGGGAUCCCAGCCGCUGGCCCGCAGGCAAGCCCAUCGACCGUGACGCCGUUCUCCAGGUCAUUGAGAUAUCCAAAUCACUAGUGGGCCAAGCCGUCCAGAUCACCUCGAUAGGGGGGGCCGCUCCGGACGAGAGCGAAAGCCCCCGAGAUGGCAGCCACCUGCACCGGGAAGAGCUUCUCUAUUCGACGGGAAGCGGCGCGCCUCUUUGGUGCACGGCCUUCAUGGUGUUAGCCAUCGACACGGCAGCACGGGCGCUCGAAGUCAUCCUGACCAAGGCGGGGAUCAUUGUCUGCACGGGAGCUCUGCCGAGCGACAUCGAGGGCACCUACGACAUCGACGAGGAGGCAAAGGACCUGACUUACGGGCGCGUCGGAAAGGUGGCCGCCAUCCUGUCUCGGUUCUACCAGCUCCUCCGCUCGCCCACCUUCGAGUGCAACAUGCGUCGCAGCGUCAAGCGCCACUGCAAGGUCCUGCUGCUCGCCCUCGAGGCGCGAGGCGUCGACCCGGACAGGACAGAGUCGCUACCGGGCAUGCGCGACCUUGAAGACGGCAAGCUGCCGCAGAAUGUGUCUCCGAUGCAAGGUCAGCCCGACCGCGCGCCCGAGCAAGCGGCAUGGAGUCACAAGAACUGUCCGCCUGCCACGAUCGAGGGCCCGACGAAGAUUCAUGGCCCGCUUCCAGCAUCGGCAUGCCCUGACAAGGAUGAAGAGAUGGCCUUGCUGGUGCUGCCGCAGCCAAGGGGCUUUGGACCGAUGCCGGCAAGCCGCGUGGAUCCGUUUGGAAGGUCAUUCCGAUCGGACGAGAUCGAUCCCCAGCCCACCCAGGCGCUGGGUCCUCUCGGUAUAGCAGGCGGCCCGCGUCGCCACACCAUCUCGAGCUUCAACGGCGCCGACCAAUGCCCCAGCUCGCCCUCGCAACGCUUCCACGCCAUCGGCCGGACCCAGGACGGUUUUGUCGGUCUCGACCCUCUCGCUCCCGCUCGAUCCGAUGCCGACCACCUGGCUAUGGCCGGGGAUGCAGGCUACGCUAGUGUCAGCACCAGCGCGAGCAGCCAGGACAGCUGCGACCAGUGGCGUACGAUCGACGAAGGCGAGGCGGCGGGGCGAAGACGGAGCGCCGGCGCCGUCCCCGGCUGCGACGUCCCUCUCUUGCGGGAGCCGAUCCCGCGUCGCCCGUGGAUCGAGGCAACGUCUCAAGGCUUGCCGCACCAUCAUCUCUUCACGUCUCGGACCCUUCCGCAGGCCCAGCCGACCGGAUUCCGCGUCUACCCCUCGACGAUCUUUAAUGGCGCUGCCGCGCAAGGCUUUGACGGCGACAAGGCUUUCUUUCGAUCCUCUCUGCAUGGCGCUGCGCCUGGUAGCGGUGGCGAGACGGCGUGGUGGCCCGCGCCGGGCUCUGGUUCAACCCUCGGCCCGGUGAGGGACCCGAUCUUUGGCGACGGGUCCCAGGAUAGCAGCAGCAGCAGCGUUCGUCGCUCUGACGGCGGUGGCGAGGGCGUGCACGCCUCUACCUUCCAAGCGUCGCCUUUCGGCGUGGGACUCGACCACAGCGAGAGCUUCGCAGACGCUGCUGUUGCCGGAGCAGGGGUUGGCGCUGUCAUAUGGAAGGCCCCUGCUGAGGCCAAGACGGCUCCCCAUCGCGAUAUGGCGCCGCCCUUCUGGCGUCCUGCCGCCGAAGUCGAGCAAGACGGCUACGGAGAGUGA